AUGGAGCACCAACAGAGCUCGUGGGCUGCACAGGCUCCAGCCCCCGAGAAAUCGAGCGAACUCUACAUAAGAGACCAUCCCUACCGAUCGAUUGCCAUUGUAUCGUCCUCUCAUGCUCUGAUUUUGCGAUACAGCUCGUCCGCGAGCAGCGAUACCCCCCACAAUGGGUCGAUGACAUCUCUCCAUUCCAACAAGUCUCGUGGAGCUGCAGACCCCCAUGCUGCAAAGUGCAUGGUGGAAUUUGCCCCGAUAUCGAGCCAACUGUUGAAAGACUAUCGUCCACUGAGUCCUAGACCCGUGUACGGCACCCUGGGCUUGAUUGCCGCUAAUGGAGAAGUGUUCUUGUCCGUCAUCACUCGCGCCAUUCGAGCUGCCACUAUUCGACUCGGAGAGACUGUGGAAAAGAUUUCAACUGUGGACUUUUACUGUCUCAGCAGUGCCGACUAUGACGAUGUUGUGCCACUGGAAUCUAUGGAGCCCGAAUUCUCCGAUGCGAUGUCGACAUACAGCAGCCAGUCUGGAUAUGGUCAGACUCUAGGUCGUCGAGAGGUUGCCAUGGAGCAUCCGUGUCAUGAGUUGCGAAAGCUGCUCAGCAAUGGUUCGUUCUACUAUAGUACUGAUUUCGACUUGACAAACAGGCUACAAGAUAGAUCCAUCAACUCCAAUUCGUUCGACAUUGACAACUUUGACGACACAUAUCUGUGGAAUUCAUUCAUGAUUCGUCCACUUGUCGAGUUUCGCUCUCGGCUCAUGCCCCCGGAGCGAGAAGCCCUAGACUCUUCACGAAUUCUCACAUCCGCCAUCCGGGGAUUCUGCAAAACCAUGACCAUUCCCCAAAGCGCAUCUCCCAUACGAGAGCCGAGGAACGGAAUGCCAAGCUACAUGAGCUUGAUUUCACGUCUAUCAUGUCGAAGAGCCGGCACCCGAUUCAACUCCCGUGGUAUUGAUGACGACGGCCACGUAGCAAAUUUUGUAGAGACGGAAACGAUAUUCUGCAGCCCUGCCGGCACCUUGUUCUCAUAUGUCCAAGUUCGAGGGUCAGUACCAGUAUUUUGGGAGCAAGCCGCAGACCUACUACCAGGCAGGCAGAAAAUUACCAUUACAAGAUCACCAGAAGGAACUCAGCCCGCGUUUAACAAACACUUCGAAGACUUGGAACACAUCUACGGCGCAGUCCACAUCAUAAACCUGCUAAGCGACACGAAACCUGCCGAAGUCGAGCUGAGCACACUUUACCGCAACGCCAUCCGACAUUCUCCACAAAGUCAGUCCAGCAGCGGCUCAGCCGAGCGCGCUUUACUUCUCGAGACGCACUACGAUUUCCACGCCGAAACCAAAGGGCCCGCUGGAUAUGAAGCGGCAAAAGACAUCCGACGACAUAUAGAGGGGUCAACAGAUGGAUUUGCGUACUUCCUCGCAGAGGAAACAGAUGACCCGGCUGAAAAAGACCCUGGCAGCAACCGAGGCCGUAUGGUAGUCGUGUUGCAACAGGACGGCGUCUUCCGUACCAACUGCUUGGAUUGUCUGGACCGAACAAACCUGAUCCAGACGCUAAUUUCACAAAUGGCCGUCGAGACAUUCCUAGCCCAUCGAAGCGACUACGCCGCAUCCGAUUUCUGGAUGAGGCACUCAAGUCUCUGGGCAGACAAUGGUGACUCCCUCUCCAAAAUCUACGCAGGAACAGGUGCACUAAAAACAUCAUUCACUCGACAUGGGAAAAUGUCCCUGGCUGGUGCCGUGGCAGAUAUGCGCAAGUCCGUUCAACGCAUAUACCACAACAACUUUAUCGAUCCAUCCAGACAAGUGACGAUUGACAUGCUGCUGGGCCGCCUCAUGGGACAAGCACCAGUGCACCUCUUCGACCCCAUCAGCGACUACGUUUCCAUCGAAUUAUCCAAACGGAGCGACGAAUUCACAUCGUCCAGAAACAUCACCAUCUGGACCGGUACAUUCAACCUCAAUGGUCGCACAGACGGCAUAGGCCACGACCUUUCCCCAUGGCUAUUCGGACCUAUCGCAGAUACAGAACAGCCAGACAUAUACGUCGUCGCCUUCCAAGAGAUCGUGGAGUUAAGCCCACAGCAAAUCAUGAACAGCGACCCCUCGAGAAAGCAUCUAUGGGAAGAAGCCGUUAAGCGCACACUCAACCAACGACAAGCUGCCCUCGGAGGUGAUAAGUACGUCCUCUUACGAAGCGGACAACUAGUUGGAGCUGCUUUGUGCAUAUUUGUAAAAACAUCCAUAUUGAACAAUAUCAAAAACGUCGAAGGAAGCGUCAAGAAGACUGGUCUUUCAGGGAUGGCCGGCAACAAGGGAGCUGUGGCCAUUCGGUUUGAUUAUGCCAACACGCAUAUUUGCUUUGUCACGGCGCAUCUGGCAGCUGGGUUUUCGAAUUAUGAUGAAAGGAACAGAGAUUAUGCUACGAUUCACCAUGGUUUGCGGUUUCAAAGGAAUAGAGGGAUAGAGGAUCAUGAUGCCAUUAUUUGGAUGGGCGACUUCAACUACCGCAUUGGGCUGGGUUUAGAAGCUGCCAAGGCGCUGAUUAAAAAGCGAGACUUGGCGACGCUCUACGAAAAUGACCAACUGAAUCUCCAGAUGGUGGCUGGGCUGUCUUUCCCAUUCUACUCUGAGGCCCGCAUUAGUUUUAUGCCCACGUACAAAUUCGACGUAGGAUCAGACACCUACGACAGUUCUGAAAAGGCUCGGAUCCCAGCAUGGACAGACCGUAUACUUAGAAAAGGCUCUAAUCUGCGCCAAUUGUCGUAUGACUCGGCGCCGCUCAAAUUUUCGGACCACCGCCCGGUCUACGCCACGUUCGAAUGCAGAGUCAACAUUGUUGACGAAGAAACACGCGAAAAUAUCAGCCGUGAGCUAUAUCAACGCCGCAAAGCAGAUGUUGGCGACCCUACUGCGAAUUUGGGUGAAGGCGACGAGUCAGACGACGAGGACUUGAUUGGGUACGAUUCCAUCGAACCUGGUCUUCCGCCCGCGAGUUCAGACCGUCAGAAGUGGUGGCUGGAUAAUCGACAGCCCGCGCGUGCCCAAGUGCCGGUGCCCAAUGGUCGAGAUGGACUCCCAAUGGCAUUGAAUCCAAAUCGGCCGUCAAAUCCAUUUGGUCAAAGUGAAGAGCCCGACUGGGUGUCGGUACCGAGACCGUCUCCAGGCCAUUCUAGCCUGUCUAGUUCUCCGUAUGAGAAAGUGUCGUUACCGAAGACAAUGGCUGAUCGGGCGCCGGUGCAAAGGAAGCAGCUUCCGCCACCAUACGACCCUUCAAGGUUGCCGGCACAAGUUGGACGGCUGCGAUUAGAUGAUGAGCAGAGCAUCCGGGGUCAAUCUGACAUUGGCAAAUCUGCUACGCCACCGCCGCCGCCGCCGCCUCCUCGACGACAGACAGCAAAUUCGAGACCAAGCACGUCCGGAUCUACAGCACCAUCCGGCGUCCACCUGGAGAGGACACAGACGCUUCCACCUCUACCCACGACCCCUCGCUCCGCCUCCGUCGCUUCACAAGCAUCGCAGGUGUCACAGCUCUCGCAGCAGCUUGCAAGUAGUAAGAGCGGAAAAUCUCCCCCUCCAGUAGGCAAGAAGCCCGCCCAUCUCGCGACGGGCUCACCUCUAUCGAAGACAACAACUGGCUCUACAAUAAGCACAUCCGCUCGAAGUGACGACAUCACACCUGGUCUUCCUGCACGUUCAGAAUCUGGCGCAUCACAGGCCAGCCUGCAUGCAUCAUUGGCGAGGAAAGCCGUGGCCGUGGCACAGCAGCAAAAUUCCUCUCAACCACCAUCGUCAAUAGCAUCAAUGGCCGCGAGUGCAAAGGGUGGAGUUCACAAGGGAGCAGCCGGCCCAGCGGGGCACACCAACGGGUUUAAUCCUCCACUCCCUAAUCGCCACCGGCAGGCGGCUGCAGGAUCAUCUUCGUCCGUUGACCUGUUAGACUCGAUAAAUGAUGGCGGUGAAGGUAUUGGCGGGUGGGAAGCCCUGCAGCCGAGUACCAAACAAUAG